AUGGCGUUUAAAGUACCCUCUCUCCCAAAGCUAUGGAAAAGAAAAAAACCAGAAGAACGGUUUUUGAAGCAGUGCAAAGAUCUUCCAGUAUCAGAAUUUAAAUCUUUGGAAAUACUUAACACAAUCGCAGGUGGAAGUUUUGGAAUGGUCAAACUUUGCCAGAGAAAUGAUAACAAGUUGGUUCUAAAAGAAAUCAUUGAUGAAGAUUCUGAACAAGAGAAAUUAUUUAUCAAAGAAGCCAGCUUAAUGCACAGCCUACAUCAUGAAAAUAUUGUAAAGUUCGACAGUGUUGUGUACUGUGGUAACAGGAAAUUUGGAUUUUUAAUGGAAUACAUGCAAUUUGAUUUCCUUCCUUUUGGAGAAGAAACUAAAGUAUCAUCCCUGAAAGAAUUCUUGUACAAUGUAGAUAGUGUUUGUAACUUUUCUGGUUUUGAGCAUUUACAGAUAUGUAUAGCACAAGACAUUUCCAGGGGAUUGGCCUUUUUACAUGAGAAUGAUGUGGCCCACAGGGACUUAAAGCCUGACAAUGUUUUAAUUUCCAAUCAGCAUUACACAAAGGACAAUAUUGGUGAAUUUUGGGAAACAAAACCAGUGGUUGCAAAAUUAGCUGAUUUUGGAGAAAGCAGAUCAAAGAUAAUACAGACCUCAUCGCUAUUACACACAAGAACAGCAAAUAUCAACAGAGGAACACCUAUAUUUAUGGCACCAGAACUACACAAACAUGAUGGUCUUCCAAUGACUGUUGAACAACUUAAAAGCACAGAUGUGUAG